AUGGGCAGGAUGGGGAAACACAAUGUUGUUAUCGCUGUCUUCCCAGAUGGGGAGUACAGUACAUCCUCUGCGGCAGUCAUCGCAAGAGAUAUGCUGCACAGCUUUCCUAAUGUCAGAAUCGGUCUAAUGGUAGGCAUCGGGGGUGGUGCGCCGACUGCAUACCAAGAUGUCCGACUAGGCGACAUCGUGGUCAGUGCUCCUGAGAAUAGAAAUGGCGGCAUAUUCCAGUAUGACUUCGGCAAGACGAUCCAGGGGGAAAGGUUUCACACAACGGGUCUCCUAAAUCAGCCUCCAGUUGUAUGGCUGCUGUCCACGGCUGUCAAUAUCUUGUAG